AUGUACGAGACGAACCCGGAGAAUGUGUAUAUAACCAUACUGUAUGGCGUUAACAACACAAUUUCACUGGAGGACAUCAAAGAGAAGAACUUUACCGUUACGAUUCUUACUCGUUACAAUGUGACCGUCUUAAGAGACACUGACUGUACACAAGUGGAAAAACAAAUCAAUGGAACUAUGAUUCAGAUGUACGAAAUUCAUCCUUAUUUCAUUUCUGAACUAAUCGUACUAAUAAUUAUUUCCGUGAUAAUUUUGUUAGUGCUAUUCUGUCUGAUCUGUGUGUGGUAUUUAGAUGGCUGUAGUAGAUAGCUGUCAUACUGUAUUCUGAACACUUCGUAAGUAAUUUAAAAAACAUACAUCUAGGCUUUGUAUGUUAUUUUGACUUGGCUUAAAACUACAAAUGUAGUUUUCAUAGGUCAUUUCCACGAUGGCGACAUUUUACUGUUAACAACGCUAUUAGACUUCGCGCAUAGUAUAUAUAUUAAAGCGUGUGUUAAUUAUUCACAGAUGUCAGUUUGACUAACUUUAGUUGGAGUCGCAUCGCCGUUUCGGGAGCGCGUCUGUCCCAACGAGGUCGAAUGCCCAAGCCAUGGUCCAAGAGAUGUCUCUUUAUCUUCUCCAAGCUCUGCUCGGCCACUCAUUUGCUCAUUAACCUCGUCGACAUCACAAGCUGUUUUGCAAGCUUAGUGGCAGCCGAGGAUGACAAACUCGAUCGAACUACGAAAAUUUCACGGUGUCUGAUAAAUUAUACUCGACAAGAAAACUCUCAGGUAUUUUCAGUUUUCGAUGUUGAAUUUGGUCUAAGUAGCCUAUGGUUUGAUAGUGUUUUUGCUGGUUGGUAUAAUUCUAAUUUAGUUGCUUUGGACCAUUGUUAGGAAACCAGGGGUGUGAUGGCCGGCGAAAGAGAAAUUAUCAUCGUUAGUCGACAAACUCCUUCAGACUAUAGCACAACAACAAAAAUCGUACAUAGAAAAUCCGAAAGUCCCAGCGGACGUCAUACUUGUUUCAACGGACGUAACGAGCCCUCUAUCCCUACACAACUACUAGAACAAUACCCUAAACGGUUCUCAGUGUGUUAGGAACCUGGCUUUAUGAGGUAACCAGACUUCUAAACCAGUAACCAAUAGAAUAGUAUAGUAUAGAACUACAGUACUCUACUGUCAUCUGGGUGAAAAACUGUCGCCCAAAAAAAGGCAUUAAACAGUGCCUAAGAGGUCUGAAAUGCAGUCAGAAUACAAAGAAAAACACUUAGACGUUAAAGGUGAGCUUCAAAGCGAUAUUCAAUGUACAUUUUGCUAAUUUAGUGAGCAAAGAAUAUUUCUCCAUACAACGUCUUAUAAUUUUCUUGCUGUAUAAAUAAUUAAUUAGCUUGAUAGUAGUGUUGUUUUCGGGUUCUUGGCAUCCUAAGAGGCCUGAAACGCAGUCAACACACAAAUAAAUGUAACAGAAUACUGAAAGGAAAAAUUUAAUGUACGUUUCGCUCAAUUAUAGAGAAAUAGGAUAAUUUUCAUACAACGUCUUAUAACUGUUGUCGUGUGAAUAAUUAAUUAGCUAAGUGGGAUAAUGUUGUUCAGGGCUCUCAUACUAAGCUUGGGCUACCUGUGCUUCGAGCGCUCCCCUCCCCUCCCAACCCGGGCUGACCCCCAGGCAUUAGCAUUUUUUUUGCCUUGAAUGGCAAAUUCCCGGGGGUGGGGACUCUUGAGUGUCAAAUCCCCCGGGGAGGGGACGCAAAAAGAGGGGAAAUGCCCCGUCCACCGUCAACACUGCUACAUUUUUCAUUGACCACACAGUCGAGUAGUGACAUUUAAGCAUUUUAAUGUGCGAUUUUUUGUUUCACUUAACUUCUUCCUUCGUAGUAGUGCUAUUCUGAUUAAGACUUACGUAAGUGAUCAUCAAAGCCUUCAAUGGAAUGUGUGUGCUCAAGUCACUUUUUCAGUAAUUUGGUCGAGUUUGUUGAUUUAAGUAACUUGAGGAGCGCUACUGCAUGUGGGCUGUUUUAUAAGUUUUUCCGAAUAAAUAACAUAGAGGUAAUUGAAAAAAUAUUCGUUUGUCCGGUGCCGAAAAUAUCACAAGUCAAGAUGAAAAGGCGCCGGCGAGCUUCACAUCUCGGUAGAGUUACUCUGAGUGGCACAACGGUCGCCAAGCUACUACACCACUCGGUAAAUUUACUUUGUGGCAGUACGGCCACCGAGCUACUAUUUACACACUAAAGCAAUAAAUGACAUGAAGCAAUUUGCAAGGUGCUGCUUCUUCUCGUUCCCAGAGCUCGUCGUUUCUUGGUCACGUGGUCUUGGUUCGUUACAAAUUAAGCAGAGUGGCUCUGGGGACGAGUGUUUGCCUUUGCCAGUUUGCCAGUUUGAGUUUGAUGGUCCCACUCAUUUCAACACAAGUUGCUUGGCUCAUCGUCACGUUAAAACCAUAUGACAUCACACACCUUUUCUUUCGCUUCAAAAUAAUGUGUGCGUUAACGUACGUAGCAAAAAAAGAAUCAGUGGAAAUCAACCUUAAAUUGAUCCUUACUUAAAAAGAAAAAGUUGUCGACAAUAUUUCUCGACAAUUUAUUUUCUAUUCUCUUGCUUUUUACGAGAAUAGGUUUUAAGUUCCGCAACUGGAAAAUUACUGCUCUUUUGUGGUUACUACCGAUGGUAGAACAAACAAGCGUGUUGAUGUCACCGCGUGGUUUAUAAACAAAGGAGAAAGUGUGUGAAAUACCGGAAGAGAAGGAAGUAGUGCAAGGGGUUUUUUUGUUUUGUAAAUUUACGUAUAAGUACGUGAAAUAUUUUCCUUAUCCGCUGUCUAUAAUUUGCAUAUUUUUGUAAUUCGUGAUCAGUUUAUUUUGCUAGUGCGUAUUAGAAUUAGGUCGAAACUUUCAUCAAGGUACCACAGCAUGAAGACUUUGACAGUUGUCCUCGUAAUUUUGGUUUUUGCUGUUCUGUUGCUAUAUGAUGUUAGAGGUGUUCAUGGCUCGGACAAGUGUUCGGCAACUUCAGAGUCUUUAAAGUUCAAAAUUUCCAAAACUAUGCCAAUAAAACCAGUGAAAUUCUGUACUCCAGUAAUCAAAUCUCAAACGAUACGUAGAUCACGAACCAAACUAUUUACAAGAGUUGCGUCUGGUUAUCUCGUAAUGAGAUAUGCCCUGAAUAAAGCUCCAGUUUACCGUGAAGGAUUUCCAGUCUAUGAAAAAUACGUGUCCAUUCCUGGGGAGCGAGCCGUAAGAAUUUCGUCCGAAAGAGUGAGUUUACUAGACGCGAAUGGAAACUUAUGUCUGGGUUACUCCUCAGUACCUCGAACCCUGAAACGGACUUGA